AUGAAGCUGUCUCUCCUGCCCUGGGCCCUGUUGCUGCUGGUGAUAGCCCCCGGCCCAGGCCCCCGGCCUGCAGCAGGUGCCCAGGGGAGCUGCUCCCACCGUUGUGGAGUCCAGGAUGGGCCGUGCUCCUGCCACCCGACCUGCUUUGGCCUGGCCAGCUGCUGCUCGGACAUUCGGGACUUCUGCCUGGAGAUCUUGCCCUACUCGGGCUCCAUCAUGGGUGGCAAGGAUUUUGUGGUGCAGCAUCUCAACUGUUCCAACUCCACUGACAGCGUGAUCUGCAGCUUUAAGGAGAGCAUCCAGACCCACGGCUUCGUGGACUCCUCGGGACGAGUGCACUGUGUGUCACCCUUGCUCUACGAGACCGGCCGCAUCCCCUUCACGCUCUCCAUGGACAAUGGCCGCUCCUUCCCACGCUCAGGCACCUGGCUGGCUGUGCACCCCAGCAAAGUGUCAGAGUCCGAAAAGAGCCAGCUGGUGAACGAGACCCGCUGGCAAUACUACGGCACUGCCAGCACCCAGGGUAACCUCACCCUGACCUGGAACACCUUGGCUCUGCCCACGAACUCCAUCACCAUAGAGCUGUGGGGCUACGAGGAGACAGGGAAGCCGUACUCCCAGGAGUGGACGGCAGCAUGGUCGUACCUGUACUCCUUGGCCACAAGCAUCACCAACUCCGGCUCCUUCACCUUCACACCAAAACCUGCACCUCAAAACUACCAGAGGUGGAAAGUGGGUGCCCUUCGCAUUGUCAACAGCAAACACCACGCAGGGGAGAAGGACGUGCACGCACUCUGGAGCAACGAGCACGCGCUGGCCUGGCACCUGGGCGAUGACUUCCGGGCAGACCCUGUGGCCUGGGCCCGAGCUCAGUGCCUGGCGUGGGAGGAGCUGGAGGACCAGCUGCCCAACUUCCUGGAGGAGCUGCCCGACUGCCCCUGCACCCUGGCCCAGGCCCAGGCUGACUCUGGGCGCUUCCAAGCGGACUACGGCUGUGACAUCGAGCAUGGCAGCGUGUGCACCUAUCACCCAGGGGCUGUGCACUGCGUUCGCUCCGUGCAAGCCAGCCCCCUAUAUGGCUCAGGCCAGCAGUGCUGCUACACGGCGGCGGGCACACAGCUCCUGACAGCCGACUCCACCAGUGGCAGCACCCCGGACCGCGGCCACGACUGGGGCGCACCCCCAUACCGCGUGCCGCCCCGCGUGCCGGGCCUCUCCCACUGGAUCUACGAUGUCAUCAGCUUCUACUAUUGCUGCCUCUGGGCGCCAGAGUGCUCCCGCUACAUGCAGAGGCGGCCCUCCAGCGACUGCCGCAGCUACCAGCCCCCACGCCUGGCCUCCACUUUCGGGGACCCACACUUUGUCACCUUCGAUGGCACCAACAUCACAUUCAACGGACGCGGCGAGUACGUGCUGCUGGAGGCCUCUGGGACCGACCUGAGGGUGCAGGCGCGGGCCCAGACCAGGAUGACGCCCGAGGGCUCUCAGGACCGAGGCACAGGGCUGACUGCUGUGGCUGUCCAGGAGGGCAACUCAGAUGUGGUAGAGGUCCGGCUGAGGGAUGGGGCCGGGGCCCUGCAGGUGCUGCUGAACCAGGAGGUGCUCAGCUUCAAGGAGCAAAGAUGGAUGGACCUGAAGGGCAUGUUCCUGUCAGUAGCUGCUGGGGACAGAGUAUCAGUCAUGCUGUCAUCAGGGGCCGGCCUGGAGGUCAGCGUCCAGGGUCCAUUCCUGAGUGUGGCGGUCCUGCUGCCCAAUAAUUUCUUGACCCACACACGAGGCCUCCUUGGGACAUUCAAUGACAACCCCUCAGACGACUUCACCCUGCGCAGCGGCCAGGUCCUUCCCCCCAGUGCCAGUUCCCGAGAACUGUUCCAGUUUGGGGCUGACUGGGCUGUGGAGAACGCCUCCUCCCUGCUCACCUACGACUCCAAGUUCCUGGUGGAAAACUUCCUGCUCCGGCCCAAGCAUGACCCCAAUUUCCUGCCCCUCUUCCCCGAGGAGACCACCUCCAGCCCCAGCCAGGCGAGUGAGGUGGCCAAACUGUGUGGGGACAACAAUUUCUGCAACUUCGACGUGGCGGCCACCGGGAGCCUGAGUGUGGGCAACGCCACGCGGUUGGUCCACAGGCAGCACCUGCUUCGCGCGCAGAGCCUGCAGCCCGUGGUGUCCUGUGGCUGGCUGGCCCCGCCCUCCAACGGGCACAAGGAGGGCAUGAGGUACCUGGUGGGCUCCACUGUCCACUUCCACUGCGACAGCGGCUACAGCCUGGCCGGGGCCGAGGCCAGCACCUGCCAGGCUGAUGGCACCUGGUCCCGGCCCACCCCGACUUGCCAGCCAGGACGGAGUUACGCAGUGCUGUGGGGCGUCAUCUUUGGAGGCCUGGCGGUGGUGGCCCUCGUCGCGCUCGUCUACGUGCUCCUACGCCGCAGGAAGAGCAACACGGCCGUCAGGGGUUCGCGACCCUGAGGAAAGCACGCUUGGCCGGCGCCACAGGGCACACAGGACCUCCCCGGGGCCAAAGACCAGCCUCCCAAACUCCCAAGAACGUGCACCCCAGUACUUGGAUCCAACAAAUCCCUACCGCCAUACACCUGGGACACGGACACCUGAACCUGAGCCUUUAAAGCCCGGUGCCCUGCUCUGUCACCAAAGACCCGGACCUUGAGUGGUCACUGUGGAGUUCCCGAGGCUCUGUUCCCCACAUACCCCUGACUCUUAAUUCCCCAGGCCCGAGACUCCGUACCCUUGAAUUCUGAGGCCUGUCUCCCGAGCCCUAAUACUCCAGCACCUGAUAUUCAAAGGCCAGUACCUCAGAUCCCGUGCCCAUGAUGCUGAUUCCCAGUAUACUGAGUCCUGGUGCCCCAACAGGGAGCCCCAGGGCCGAGCUGCCUUGAUUCCCAGACCCUGGGCCUGGCCUGAGACUGUAGGUGGGUCCAGACUUGGGUGUGGAGAGUCACCCUCUAAGCUCCAGGCUUGUAAUUCUAAGUCUCUGGAACAUCUCCUGAAACACCCCUCCCUGCCUGUUGGGGGAGAAAACAAGCCUUGGGUGCCCCUUCCCUGGUGUCCUGAUGCUUGUGCUGUGCCUCGGUUCCGGGGAGUCCCACUGUUGCCCUGUGCGGUCCACGGCACCCAGAGCAACCUGGGUCUGAGGCCUUCGUCCACUGGCAGGUCACCUGGGACCGGUCUCUCCCCAACCUCUGUCUCUCCAUCUGUAAAGUGGGAUCUAGAACAAUGACCACGUUGUGGCGGGGAGGGGAAGGGUUCUCCAUGGGGUGCUACGCUGGGCACUCAAGAGAAGGGACAGGGCUGGGCGGCCCACCCUCCCCAAGUGUAGGGAACAAGCAAGCUGGCAGCCUGGCCCUGGGCCCCCCACCCUGCCCUGUCACAGUCCCAGAGGCAGUCUGGUAAUGCGAUGCC